GGUUAUGACGCUGACGAGGCGCAGACGGACCCGGUGGAAUCAAGGGAUUUAAUUCAGUGCACAAAUGAGAUGAAUGUGAACAUCCCUCAGCUGGCUGACACCCUGUUCGAGAGGACCACCAACACCAGCUGGGUUGUGGUGUUCAAGUCCCUCACCGCCACACACCAUCUGAUGGUCUACGGCAAUGAGAGAUUUAUACAGUAUCUGGCUUCAAGGAACACACUGUUCAACCUCAGCAAUUUUCUGGACAAAAGUGGCCUACAAGGAUAUGAUAUGUCGACGUUCAUCAGGAGGUAUAGCCGCUACCUGAACGAGAAGGCUGUGUCCUACAGACAAGUCGCUUUUGACUUCACUAAAGUGAAAAGAGGGUCCGAUGGCGUGAUGAGAACCAUGAACACAGAGAAACUCCUCAAGACCAUCCCAAUAAUCCAGAACCAGAUGGAUGUGUUACUCGAUUUCAACGUCAAUGCCAAUGAACUGACAAAUGGUGUUAUCAACGCAGCCUUCAUGCUUCUGUUCAAAGAUGCCAUCCGUCUGUUUGCAGCGUACAAUGAAGGCAUCAUCAACCUCCUGGAGAAAUACUUUGACAUCAAGAAAGUCCAGUGCAAAGAAGCACUUGACAUCUACAAAAAAUUCCUCACACGAAUGACUAGAAUCUCAGAGUUCCUUAAAGUAGCAGAGCAAGUCGGGAUUGAUCGAGGGGACAUACCAGAUCUGUCUCAGUUUACAGUUGUUGCCCCCAGCAGCCUGCUUGAUGCUCUGGAGCAGCACUUGGCCUCUCUAGAGGGAAAGAAAGUGAAGGACUCGACAGCAGCCAGCAGGGCUAGCACACUCUCCAAUGCCGUCUCCUCCCUGGCCAACACCGGCAUAUCUUUCACCAGAGCGGACGAGAGGGAGAAGCAGGCCGCCCUGGACCAAGAGCAGAGUCGCCUUCAAGCACUCAAAGAGCAGCGGCUGAAGGAGCUUAAAAAAAAACCUGCGGCAGCAACCACAGACUCCUCCCCCGUCUUUGAGGAGGGCGGGACCAUCAACUCAGCCCCUACAAUCGACCUCUUUACCACCCCCAGCUCCAACAACAGCAUCUCCAAGGCAGCUAUUGAACUGCUCGACCUGCAGCCAGCGUUCCAGCCUUCACUGCCUCUCUCCACCGCCAGCUCCUGGGGAGGGUUUACAGCCUCCCCAACAGCCCAGCAGCAACAGAACCCUCAGGGCCUUAACGUGGACUUUGACUCCGUGUUUGGCAACAACACUAUUGCUAACGACCUGGAUUCUACAG